GUGCAAAGAGCUGAUGUCACACAGCCUGUGUCCUGACUGGCAGAGGAGUUGAAGCUGGACCCUGGCUGGCUGUUCCCCACGCUGGGUGGAAGACUACACUUCUAACAGCGAACUCAUCAACCUUGAAUCUUAAUCAUUGGAAUUUUAACAAUUUCCAAUAAGAUGUCCUGUUUCCUGGAGUCGGUUUCAAUUGUAGUCAUCAUGUACUUCCGGCUCGCAUCCAGCCAUGAGUUUUCCCGUAGUGGGACAACGGGCUUCGACCUGAGGACGGUGAUCAUGCUCAUCAUUGCAUGCAGCAUCUUGUUGGCCAUCAUCACGCUGGUAGGGGUUGUCCUCUGUCUCUACUUCAAGGUGUCCAACGCACUGAGAGAUGCAAAGGAUCCUUGCCUGUGUUCCAGUGGUUACCUAGGCAGGGUCUCCCAGGACCGGGUCAUCCCGGUCAAAGCCGUCGCCAUGGAUUCCUGCCGUAACCUCCCGUGCUGUGAUGACUGUAACAUGUGUACAGAUGUUGAUCCCCUCCCACCUUGCUGCUGUGGCACAAAUGAGGGACUCUGAUUCGGGCGUGGUGAGCACUAAAAUCUUCCAUGAACAAUA